CUUCCCGGAGCCGCUGAAUCAACACAGAAACCCUCCAAACUGAUGAAACCCGCAGGAAGACUGUCUGUUACUGAGAGCCGAGAGGGAUUAAAGGUCUCACUCUGUGAUAUAUACAAGGAAAGACGUAUUUUUUUUGUUGUUUUUUUCCAGUUUUGUGAAGUUUGGUCUGGGGCGUUUUUUGCUCCUCGGUGUUUGAGUCUGAACUGCUUCACCAGACUGACUCAUUUUUUCCGACGCCUGCAGGCACCGGAGGAGAAAACACAGCCGCUGCUCUGCUCCUUUGUCAGCUGGUUUGGAGAUGCUCCAGGGGGCCGCGAGCAGAGCCGGGCUCUGCCUCUCCUACUGCCUCCUCUUCAACAUCUGGCUCUCGGCUCCAGAUGUGGAGUCGGCAGGCCCUCUCCACACCUUCACCCUGGAGCAGCAGCCGGGUCAGCCGGACCUGGAGGACUGGGAGUGGGGUUCUGGAUCGUCCCUCCUGCACCUGCUCCACAGUUUCCCUGCCGACAGCCCCUUCGUGACGGAGUCCCCGGGGAAACCCGUCAACUGCACCCAGCGGUUCUGGCUGCCGCCGUCCUCCCCGAUCUGCUGGGAGAACAUCGCCGGGCCCAGGGAGUUCGCCCAGUCCCGUCUGCUGGUCCUGCAGAACAGGGCCGCGCUGCAGGCCGUGUCCUCCUCCAGCGGGGUGGAGGAGUCCGGCCUCUCCUACGACCGCCUGGCCAGGGAGGAGAUGGAGGGAAUCCGCUCAGACCACCAGAACAUGUCAGAGACAAUCCAGACCAUGGAGACCGUGUUUGUUUCGCUGAGCGAGAAGAGGAAAGAGGGGAAAGAGCAGGGCGCGCUCACAAGCAUGAAGCGGAAUUUCGCCAGCACCAGGGACGCCAUCGACAGCAGAGCGGACAUGGCCGCCCACUUGGAGAAGCAGUUCUCUUCUUUAGAAAACACGCUUCUCAACAUUCACUUUCGACUCAUCAAACUCAUCCGGCAGUGACGCCGUGGGAGACGCCGACUCUUCGUCACAGCUGUAAUUUGAACACGAAUGUCUUGUUUAACUGCGUAACCAUUUGAUGCAUGCUCAGGAUCAAAAUAGAUUACAUUAUGAUUACAAAAGACUUGAAACACUUGAUAUGCGUCUUAUCAUCACACAACUCAAACACAGAAGUGUCUGAAUGAACCCCGGGUUGUCACUGAGCUGUUAAAUUCAACUUUCUUUGCAAACAUGCACCAUACGGAGCGUUUACAGCCACGUUAAACAUCUUGUAAAACCGCUAGAGGAACUUGUGAACGCUGGAGCGGAAGGAGCGAGUUGCUUCAACACACCAUUUACCGUUCACACAGUGCAAGUCUCUUCAAGAUUAUUUUCUAAUAAACAUUCAGUAAAAAGUGUGUAUCA